UCCCUGACGCCACCUCCAGUAAUCCUGAGUAACGCUGUUCCGUUGUUGCGUUCGCUGUUUCGCUCCUCCAUCACUUAAGAAACGUGUUGCUAACUUGUUAACUGAACUAACUUGUUAACUGAACUCAACCAUGUCGCUGGGUCGCUGCUCCUAGGAGAAAGAAGAGCGAAUGGGUGGACUUGUUUGUGUUUUCAGGCGCAUUUAUUACGGGAAUAAUUGAAAUGCGUCGUGUCUUUGUGGCACCUUGCCUGGCGCUGCUGUCUGUGCUGCUGGGCAGCGACGCUCUCCAGGUGAUUGGUGGAAGCGUGACAGUGGUUCAAGGAGAUACAGCUGUCUUACCUUGCAAACUCACUGACACCACGGAAGACUUGACACAGAUUACCUGGCAGAGGAGAAUGAGAGAAAAACCCAGUAAUGACAAUUUUAUCACUGUCAGGCCAAAUGAAGAACCACGGUUUGUCAAUGGACGUGAUGAUCGAUUUAAAUAUAUCGGGAAUUUUAAUGACAAAAAUGGAACUCUCCAGUUAUCCAAUGUUGCCCUGAAGGAUGAAGGCAGCUACACGUGCAUCUUCACCUUGUUUCCCAGUGGAACUCAGAAGACUGAGAUACCUCUAAAAGUUUUUGUGCCUCCUAUCACAAGCAUCAAGGACAAUCUUCCCACUUUGGGCAAAGAAGAGGUUUUAUUUGCUACCUGCACGGCUGCUGGAUCGAAGCCUCCUGCAGAGGUGAGGUGGCUCACUGGUACAUUUGCAGACAAAGUGCGGAUGACAACAAAUUCCACCCAGUAUGACAACGGUACAACUACCACAGUCAGCUCAUUGUUUGGUGUACCUACGAGAGAGAUUAAUGGUCGCCAGGUCCGGUGUGACAUCAGCGGUGACUCCCUGACUAAAGAAAUAAGUCUGCCCUUCACCAUACAGGUCUACUUCUCUCCCACAGAAGUGAACAUCAGACAGAUUUCAGAGGACACAUUUGAGUGUGUGGCAGCAGCCAAUCCAGAAGCUAAAUAUAACUGGAACAGAUCUGGCCAGUCUUUGCCACAGCCUGGUGUCAAAGUAGAGGGUGCGAAGCUACAACUGCUGAGUCUGACCUCUGAUCUAAAUGGCCUCUAUCAGUGUGAAGCAUCUAACACAUAUGGAAGUAAACACAGUCAGCUGUAUGUGCAUGUGGCAUCAGGAACCUGUUCUGCUGCUUGGACUUUAUUUGGCCUUUUGUUUUUCCUGAAUGUCAUUGGAGCUGCAGUGUGGUGUUAUUAUAAAUCUGGAUAUUCUCAAAAGAGACGUCGUCUAGUUUUAAAAGAUUCUAAAAAUGGGACAAAUGGCGAAGCGGAAAUGCUCGCAGCAAAGACAUCUCAGCUGGCAGAUGUGGAAAGCAAAAAUGGACAAUACAGUACCUGUACUGAGGGGACCACCAGUGUGUCAUUGCAGACUGGUUAAUGAACAGAUAAGGAACAGGCUAAAGUGGUUGGUAUCAUUUAAACUCCUCCCUCCAUUGACAUCUAUCCAUUUAUGAAUGUUAGGACCUCAUGACUAAUUUGACAUUUCAUCAGUAACAUGGGCAGUAGUAGUCCAGCAAAUAGUUAACUCGAUAUCAUUUUGUAGAGCCGUGGUAAUGCUCCUAAUGUACCUCCUCCCACAAAGGGGGAAACACCUGCUAUGCUGCUCUUGUGUGCCAUUGUAAAGCUUUCAUGUAAAGGCACCUCUCCUAGUAUCUUCUCCACAGUCUCGACACUGUGCUGUGAAAACGCAGAGCAAACUUUCUUGCAACAGCAUGUAUGAAUAUGCUAGGCUUAGGGGUUAGGGUAGGGUUAGGGUUGGGUUUUACUGAUCUGAAGGAUCAGUAAACCACCAAGUAUGCUGAUAUAGUAAUGCUGACCUUCAGCCAACUAAAGUCUAUCUUGCAUAGUUUUGGUUGUUUAUGACCGCUUGGUUUUACAAUGCAGCAUACCAAAAAACCAAAGCCUUAAACCAUCACACAACCACAGAAAUUUCCAGUGUCAUAUACUGUGUCAUAUUCGCAUACUUUAUUGUUUGUUUCUUGUUUUGUUUUCGGUAGAGGGUGAUGGGGAUAGAUGUUUGUCUUUGUAGCAGCUUCUUUAAAGCCUUAAAUCAUUGAAGUGUGUUGUUUGCCUUGUUUUAAAUGUAACCAGCUUUAAGUUUCUGUGUUUGAUUUACAUUUUUUUUCUUUUCUGAAAUUUCAACACUGCAUUUUUUUGUUUUGUAAUUGUCUUUAUGAUGUGUUACAUUGCUCAUGUUUUUACCUCUUUUUUAAAAUGAAUUGUAAUUGCAUAAAUAUUAUAAGAACCUGUUCCUCAGUACACAUAUUUUUAAGUGUGUAUACCACACCUGUUAUCCAUGAUAUAUCUAUCAAGUCUCCUGCCACUUCUAAUUCAUGUGAGCAGUGUUUUGACUAUAUUCAUUUCACAAGUAUGCACAGCUUCUCUGUAGCUUUGGCUUACUCAUAAUAGUUUUGACCAGAAGAAUGAUUACAGUGAUCAACUGAUUGUGUUAUCAAAUGAAAUAUCUCAGAAGUGCUGCGUACAACAGAGGAGUAACAUAGCAUUGCACAGGAGCCUUCACUGGAACAAACAAAACUUUGAAACUUUGUCAUACAACUUUGAACUGCAGUGGGUCUUUUUUGAGACUGAGUUACCUAACGUGUUUCAAUGCUGUCUACUACACAGGAGAAAAGGAAAAAAAACCUCACACUCUAUUUUCAUAAAUUCUUCUGAAGUAACAUACCAACAUUAUUACCUUGGGAACUGUGUUUUAAUCAUUUAAUAUUAAGCUGAAUAUGCUUUUGAAGCUGCUGAAAGCAGAAGGGGAUCCAACAUGGUACUAGUGAUGCCUACCUAAUAAUUUAGCCAGUGGUUGUGAGUCUAUAAAAAAAAAUAAAUAGAGCUAGAUAAAUCCAGACUGUUCUUGGCGGACGAAUCAGUGUUAAAGGAGAGUCUAUCCAGCCCCUGGAAGUUUAAUGGCAACCUCUAUCUCACUGCUAACAGGAACUGCUUUCAGGCACAGUCGAUGUUUUAUUUUAAAAAACUGACUGAAGAAACUGAAGAGCUUAUUUGGAAAAAAUGCUCUUGGAAAACUUAGAAUUUUAGUCAAACUGGAAGGUCAGGAUGUCUCAAACUCUACUUUUUUGUUUACACAAGUUACUGUUUUAUGUUAUGAAUCCAUGAUUUUUGACUUGAAUUGUAAAGAAUAAAAAAAAAAAAAUUA